UACGGCAGUACCACUGUCACUCACUUUCUCCUCACGCGCGAGCUCUCAUCUCUCACCUCCUGACCGCCGAUCAACGUCCUCCUCCGCCGCCUCUGGUCCUCUACCGGCGAACUUUCGUUCGACUUGCCGGUGAGAAACACUAAUUACCUCACUCGCUUUAUUGACCUGUAGCCGGAGCCCUAACUGAGGUCUGUUUACUUAAUUAUGUAAGGAGACGUAUCCUUCGGUGUCUUCGAUCAUUAUCCGGGUUCCGAUUUUCUUCGGUUCCCAUUGGCGAUCGUCUUGUGGGUUAGUGAGAUGAAAUUAUGUUUCUUUUCUUCAAAUUUCUGAUGUUUUAUCGAGCAGAUGAUUCAAUCGUCUAUGUUUUUUAGGGUUUUUGUUUGUAAUGUUGAUUCAUCGGUCUAUUUACACGUUUAUCUGUUUAACCCCAAAUAUCAUGCGUACCCGGUCUUAUAUGUGAAGGUCUUAUUUCCUUUGUUUGGUUGUAGGACUGAGUUUCUUAGUAUCCUUAGUAAUUUAGGGUUUUGUUCUAGGAAAUGAACUGUUUCUUCUUCAUCUCUGGUUUUACCCGCAUUUUAUGGUUUCGGGCGGAUGGAAAAUUUUCCCCAUUGUCAUUUUUUUUAAUCAGGCGGGCCACUGGAUUUACUAUUUUGCUUUAGACAGUCAUUGGAUGAAAUUAUGCCACCAAACCCGAAUAUCAAGAGAGCGUUUGAGGCCAUGAAAUGCCUCGGCUUUGAGGAAAAAACAGUAAGACCGGUUCUGAAAAACCUCCUGAAACUCUAUGACAAAAACUGGGAAUUAAUAUCCGAGGACAAUUUUAGGGCACUUGCUGAAGCUAUCCUCGAUAAUCAAGAAACAGAGGUUAUUCAAGAAAAGAAGGGAAAGAAAAAGAAGUUUGAAGAAGAGGAUUCAUGGGGUGAGGAAGUGCAUGGCACAAACAAGAAGCCUCCUGUGUCUGAAGAGGAUGGUGAAAAUGAUUUAGCCGAGCCUGAACAUCCUCUAAAGAGGCAGCGCCGUCGAGCUGGAGACUCUGCACAGACUUUGAAUGGUAGUCCAAGCCCUAGCAUUGAGGCUCCUUUGUUAAAUGAGCGAAAAGCUGAGAACAGAGAAAAUCGUCCAUCGUCAUUACCUACCCAGCUUAAGGUGGAUGUCCCUGCAACUACCUGUCCACUUAUUAUCCCCAAAGAUGAGCCCUUUACAGACGAUAUGCCACUCAGUGUGAUUCAUCCAGAUACUUUUGAUAAGGGGAGUGCUUCAUAUGCAUUGAAAAUGAGUGGUAAUGCUGAUGAUGCUCCUCCUCCAGAACACUACAGGGAAUCAGAAGUUAACGCCAAUAAUUCUUCUUCUUCUGCUAUUGAAAAAUCAACGGGGCACAAGUUGGAUGUAGUCGCUGAAGAAGCUUCAGCUGUUGAAUUAGCUUCUUCUCCAUUGGGGGAAGUAAAGAUCAAUCUGAGUUUCAGCCCUACUACUGGCGAUUUUCGCCAACCAUCUCUCGAUGAUCUAUGGAGAGCAAUGGAAGAAAAGUGUCUCCGGUCAUACAAAAUCCUAGACCCCAACUUUUCGGUCCGCAAUUUUAUGAGUGACAUGUGUGGCUGCUACCUAGAACUGGCAAAAAAUUCAGCCAACCAAUCUCCAGAAAAGUUACCAUACAUCACACCCAACCUUGAUAUUUUGAAGAAGUCUUCAGCAAGGAAUCUUGUUUUCUCCAGUGGCACUAAAGAAUCUAUCUGUCAGAUGGGGGGUGUCGAAAAUGGUGAAGUUGGUAUUGCUGAUCAUUCUGAGUCUCGGGGUCUGGUGGUUGUUCCUGAGUGCCAAAUCUCUGCUGAUGGCUGGAGAUCAAUCAACAGCUUCAGUGACAUCACUCAAGGAGAAGAAACGGUUGAGAUUCCAUGGGCGAAUGAAGUCAACAAUGAGUUACUUCCUUCUUUCCGUUACUCAGCUCAGAGCCUCGUGUUUCGAGAUGCCUCAGUGAAGUUCACGCUCUCCAAUAUCAAAGAUAACGAAUGCUGCUUUUCUUGCUUUGGAGAUUGCUUGGCUUCUCCAAUGCUAUGUAGAUGUGCAGUUGCCGAUAGUGGGUUUGCUUACACUUCCGAUGGCGUUUUGAAGGAAGAUUUCCUUGAAGAUUGCAUAUCUGUGAUCCGUGAUUCGCGUUAUCAGUGUCUCCAAAUUUGUAAAGAGUGCCCACUAGAGAAAGCAAAGAAAGGAGAGGUUCUGGAUCCGUGCAAGGGUCAUUUAAAGAGGAAGGUUAUUAAAGAGUGCUGGAGCAAAUGUGGCUGCAAUGCAAACUGUGGUAACCGGGUAGUGCAACGACGGAUACACAAUCAGUUGCAGGUGUUCUUUACACCUAAUGGAAAAGGUUGGGGCCUCAGAACUCUGGAGAAACUGCCAAAAGGAGCCUUCGUUUGUGAGUUCACAGGAGAGAUAUUGACAAUCUCUGAGAUGUACCAACGCGUGUCUAAGAAACACGAAUCAACGGUUAUAUUGGAUGCCUACUGGGGCUCGGACUCUGAAAACACAUUUGGGGAUGACAAAGCUCUGUGUCUUGACGGGAUGCAGUAUGGAAACGUUGCCAGGUUCAUCAAUCAUAGAUGUAUGGACGCAAACUUGAUUGAGGUUCCUGUUCAUGUGGAGUCGCCAGAUCAUCAUUACUAUCACCUUGCAUUCUUCACGACUAGAGAGAUCCAUGCCAUGGAAGAACUUACCUGGGAUUAUGGAAUUGAGUUCAGUGAUGGCAACUGUUUGAUGAAGACGUUCAAAUGUCUGUGUGGAAGCAAGUUCUGCAGGGACAUGAAGCGAGCAAACGAAGCCAAGAAUGUGGUCAACACACCAUGAAAGUAUUCUGAUGAGCUUGAAGAAGGGGGCCAGUCUUAUUUUGUAGAUAGCAAUGAAGAGCUGAAGCCCAAAUUUUUGUGAACUGGAAAACAUCCUAACCCUGUGUUUAUGGAGUAAGCUAUGAUGGUUUUUGCCAAGAAACAAAAGGGGUUGGACUUUGUUUCCUCUUUUGGGGCCGAACUAUGUGUAUUGCCAGUGGGUGUGUUAACUUUGGGCUACUAUCUGCAGCGGAAGAAUUUUGAUGUACGUUGUUACGUGUUUUGCACGCAACGAACACAUGAUUAGGUUUGAGCAUGAGUUCA